AUGUCCCAGCCGGGAAUACCGGCCCCUGGUGGUACCAUUACCGGCCUCCAGGCCCAGAACGGGGCCGCUUCGACCUCGGGGUCUCCCUACACCAAUGGUCCUGUUCCAAAUACAUUGAUGUCUUCACAAAUGUCAAGGAGCCAAGGAUAUAGUUCUCACCUUCCAGGAUCCUAUCCUCAUCUAAUACCAGCAAAGACUCCUUUAAAUCCAGUCUUGGGACAGUCUAACUAUGGUGGUUCUCAGACUGUUUCUCCAUUAAGUAAUUAUCAGGGACCUGGGGAGACUCUUAAUAGACCACCCAUGGCUUCAAGUAUGGUGACAUCUUCAUUACAUAGUGGUCCUGCUUCCCGAAUGCCACCUCCUGCUUCUCAGAGCCCAGCUGCUACACCAAUGCCUUCUGGUAGUUUUCUUCCUGGAGUCAACUUACCACCACCACCACCACCACCUUCGAAUUGGCAAAAUAACUAUCCAUCCACUGGAUCACAGAUAAACCACAGUCCUCUUGUAACGUCCCAGUCAACUGUAUCAGGGAAUACAAAUUUAACAAAUCAUCAAUAUAUUUUUUCUGGAGAUCCUUCACUUCAAACCAGCUACAUAAAAUCAGGUUCUGCACCUCCUUUAGUGACUCCGCCUCUGCCUAGUACUUUUCAACCAGGAACUCCUAUUGGACCCCCUCCAACUGGAGGCCCACCACCACAGACAUCAUCACAUAGUGUUGUACCUCAGCCCCCAUUUAAUUCACCUGUAAGCCAAGCAGGUGGUACAUCAGAUACCAAUAAUGGAUCUAUGGUGGCCCACAACAGUUAUGAUGAAAUUGAAGGAGGUGGCUUCUUGGCAACACCACAGCUCACUAAUAAGAAUCCUAAAAUGGGCCGAAGUGUUGGAUAUUCCUAUCCCUCCUUACCACCUGGUUAUCAGAACACAACACCGGCUAACCCAGUUGGAACACCACCUUCUGGGAUGCCUCCCUCUUCAUUGAGUUAUCCACGUGGGCCACAGACUUUUCCUCAGCCUCCUUUAGGUGCUAAUCAUUUAACUGCAAGCAUGAGUGGAUUAAAUCUACAUCCAGAAGGUCUGAGAGUUAUUAAUUUGCUUCAAGAAAGAAAUAUGCUUCCAUCAACACCUUUGCAACCUCCAGUUCCAAAUUUGCAUGAAGACAUCCAGAAACUUAACUGUAGCCCAGAGUUAUUUCGAUGCACCCUGACUGGCAUUCCUCAGACUCAGGCCUUACUGAAUAAAGCCAAACUUCCCUUGGGACUCCUGCUUCAUCCUUUCAAAGACUUAGUGCAAUUGCCUGUGGUUACCUCCAGUACAAUUGUGAGAUGCCGUUCAUGCAGGACAUACAUCAACCCUUUUGUCAGUUUUCUUGAUCAAAGGAGAUGGAAGUGUAAUUUAUGUUACCGAGUCAAUGAUGUUCCUGAAGAGUUUAUGUACAACCCUUUGACCAGAGUUUAUGGAGAACCUCACAGAAGACCUGAAGUUCAAAAUGCUACGAUUGAGUUUAUGGCUCCUUCAGAAUAUAUGUUACGACCACCUCAACCGCCAGUGUACCUCUUUGUAUUCGAUGUGUCUCACAAUGCAGUUGAAACUGGAUACUUGAAUUCAGUUUGCCAGAGUUUGUUAGACAAUCUGGAUUCGCUUCCUGGCAACACUAGAACAAAAAUUGGCUUCAUAACAUUUGACAGUACAAUCCAUUUUUACAGUCUUCAAGAAGGUCUCUCUCAACCACAGAUGCUAGUAGUUUCAGAUAUUGAAGAUGUUUUUAUACCUAUGCCAGAGAACUUAUUAGUAAACUUAAAUGAAAGUAAAGAGCUUGUCCAAGAUUUACUGAAAACUUUGCCACAAAUGUUUAACAAGACCCUGGAGACCCAGAGUGCCUUGGGCCCUGCACUUCAGGCUGCUUUUAAGUUGAUGUCCCCAACUGGUGGUCGAAUGUCUGUCUUUCAAACACAGCUCCCAACUCUUGGAGUAGGAGCCCUGAAACCACGAGAGGAACCCAACCAAAGAUCAUCUGUUAAGGAAAUACACUUGACACCAUCCACUGACUUCUAUAAGAAGUUAGCCUUGGACUGUUCUGGUCAGCAGGUAGCUGUUGACUUAUUCCUUCUCAGUGGACAGUAUUCGGAUUUGGCUUCUCUGGGUUGUAUUUCUCGAUACUCAGCAGGUAGUGUCUACUACUAUCCUUCUUACCAUCAUCAACACAACCCAGUCCAGGUACAGAAAUUCCAAAAAGAACUGCAGAGAUACCUCACUCGGAAGAUUGGCUUUGAAGCAGUCAUGAGGAUCCGGUGCACCAAAGGUCUUUCCAUUCACACUUUCCAUGGAAACUUCUUUGUUCGGUCAACAGACUUACUGUCUUUGCCCAAUGUAAACCCAGAUGCUGGUUAUGCUGUACAGAUGUCAGUAGAAGAGAGUCUUACUGACACUCAGUUGGUUUCUUUUCAAUCAGCAUUAUUAUAUACAUCCAGCAAAGGUGAACGAAGAAUUCGUGUACAUACUUUAUGUUUGCCAGUCGUUUCAACUUUGAAUGAAGUCUUUCUUGGAGCUGACGUUCAAGCAAUUUCAGGUUUAUUGGCUAAUAUGGCUGUCGACAGGUCUGUCUCUGCCAGCCUGAGUGAUGCUCGUGAUGCCCUAGUGAAUGCUGUGAUAGACUCUCUUUCUGCUUAUCGUUCUUCAGUCCUAAGUAACCAACAUCCUGGACUCAUGGUUCCUUUUUCUUUGCGACUUUUCCCACUCUUUGUGUUAGCCCUCCUUAAGCAGAAAUCAUUCCAGACUGGGACAAAUGCUCGCCUCGAUGAACGAAUUUUUGCUAUGUGUCAAGUAAAAAAUCAACCCUUGGUUUACCUUAUGCUAACAACUCAUCCCAAUUUGUAUAGAGUUGACAAUCUCUCAGAUGAGGGAUCACUCAGUGUCAACGAUAGAACCAUACCUCAGCCUCCUAUUCUUCAGCUCUCAGUGGAGAAGCUGAGCAGGGAUGGCGCUUUCCUCAUGGAUGCAGGCUUUGUAAUGAUGCUUUGGGUUGGAAAAAAUUGUGGACAAAGUUUCCUGAGCCAAGUUCUAGGAGUUCAAAACUAUGCAUCAAUUCCACAGACUAUGACGGAUCUUCCAGAACUUGAUACACCAGAAUCUGCCAGGAUAAUAACUUUCAUCUCUUGGCUUAGAGAGCAGAGACCAUUUUUUCCAAUACUUUAUAUAAUAAGGGAUGAAAGUCCAAUAAAGGCAAUCUUUCUUCAAAAUAUGGUAGAAGAUAGAACAGAAUCUGCAUUAUCAUACUAUGAAUUCCUCUUGCAUAUACAGCAGCAAGUGAAUAAAUGA